AUGUUGAAACCAUUCUUUGUCACCUUCGUCCUUCUUCUCUUAUCGAUGACGAGUGAUGCUCGUUGUAUUUCUGGUUGUUAUUGUACAGAUGAUAGUUUUUGUAAUUAUUAUUGUCAAAAUAAUGUGUGUCAAAGUUCGAUAUCAAUAGGAGAAAGAUGUUCUGGUUAUUAUGUUCAUCCUCGAGAAUGUGGAAGUAUUGCAUUUUGUGAUCCAAAUUCUGGUUGGACAUGUCAAUUUCAAAAGAGUUCUGAUACACCAUGUACAUAUGAUUAUUCAUGUUUAUCUGGUAAUUGUGAUUAUAAAACGAAGACUUGUCAAUUGAAAUCCAGUCCAGUAAAUGUGUUAUAUCCAAUUGUGAUUCCAAGUGUGAUCGUAUUUUUCAUUGUGAUCAUCAUCAUCGUUUCGGUUAGUGUUCGUCAACAAAGAAUGCGUGCAUUGGCAUUGUAUCGAAAUCCUCGUGUUGUGAUUCCAGUCGGUGUUUCAUAUUCAUAUCAAAAUCCUUAUGUGAUUGGAGAAGUUCCACCACCACCGUAUCCAGGUGUGAUAUCAACGCCAAAACCACAUCAAAAUGCAUAA